ACCUCAUACCAUACUUGCCAAUGCAGUAACCACACCAACUUCCAAAAAACAAACCACAUGACCAUAUAAUCAUAUAACCAUAAUUUAGAACCCUAUUUUCAUAAAUCUUCAAAAACCCUAGUGAACCAUGAGGACCGGAGGCUACACCAUCCAACACACACUAACACCCGAAGCCGCAAACAUCGUGAAACAAGCUCUUGUCCUUGCUAGACGGCGUGGUCAUGCUCAGGUCACGCCGUUGCAUGUUGCCAAUGCGAUGCUAACAUCGCCAACAAGCCUUUUUAGGAAGGCUUGUUUGCAACCAAAUUCUCAUCCUCUCCAUUGUAAAGCUCUCGAGCUUUGUUUCAAUGUGGCACUAAACCGCCUCCCUACCACACAAUCGAACCCUGUCAUGUUAAACCCUAAUCAGUCUAACCACCCUUCACUUUCCAAUGCGUUGGUUGCGGCCUUCAAGCGGGCUCAAGCUCACCAACGCCGUGGUUCGAUUGAAAACCAACAUCAACCCAUUUUAGCUCUUAAAGUAGAGAUGGAACAACUUGCUAUAUCCAUCUUAGAUGAUCCUAGUGUGAGUAGAGUGAUGCGAGAAGCCGGUUUUUCUAGCACCCAAGUCAAAGACAACAUCGAACAAAUGGAGAUAUCAGUCUCUUCCCCCAAUCCCCUCAAUUUUUCUCAAUCUAAAGAGAACAUCAACCCCAAAUCUUUAUCCAAAGUCCAAGAUGAAGAUGUCAUGAGUGUUAUAGAAAUGAUGAUGACUAGGAAAAGAAAGAAUAUUGUUAUUAUAAGAGAGUGUUUAGCUAGUGCUGAUGCUAUAGUUAAAGGAGUUAUUGAAAAGUUUGAAACCAAAAACAACAUCAAUUUGAGGUUCAUGCAGUUUGUAAGCCUUCCUUUACAAUCACUAAAUCAUCUUUCAAGGGAAGAUGUUCAAGAUAAAGUUAGGGAACUUAAGUGUCUGGUAAAAAGCUUUGUUGGUAGAGGAGUAAUCUUGUAUUUAGGUGACCUAAAAUGGGUUUCGAAUUACUGGUCAGGGCACAGCGAACGAAAGCGCAAUGGAAGCUACUACUACUCUCCAAUGGAGCAUAUGAUCAUGGAGCUUAGUGGACUCAUGUUUGGUGUUGAUAUUGGGAAGUUAUGGUUGAUGGGGAUAGCCAGUUCUGAAACAUUCAUGAGGUGCAAAACAGGUCACCCUUCACUUGAAACUCUAUGGGAUCUUUGUCCUCUUACACUUCCUGUUGCUACUUUGGACCUCACUCUCAAUCUUGAAGGCAGUAAUGAUUCAGAAAAUGAGAAGAACUUGCUCUCUUGUUGUGGCGAGUGUUCGGUAAACUUAACACGAGAGGCUCGAACCAUAAUGAGCUAUGGUCGAACCAGCGAGUCUACUUUGCCUACAUGGCUGCAACAAUAUAAAGAAGAGAACACAAGACAAACCAACAAUGCUCAGGAAUGUGAAAAGUUUGGGAAUGCUUGCAACAAAUGGAGCUCAACUUAUAGUUCCCUUCCCAAACACCAUCUCACUUGGCCAGUUUUUGAAUCCAACAUCCCUAAAGAACACCAGUUUUUCAUGGGUGGUGAAUGUUUUGAAGAGCCCAGUCAGAAAACCCUCAUGCCCGAACUCUUAUCGAAUCCGAAUUCUAGUCCAAACUCGGCUUCUUGUAGUGAAGCUAGUGAACAAGAUUAUGACCAUGAUGAUCAACACCAAUACUCCUUGCACAAAUUCAAAGAAAUGAACAUUGAGAAUGUAAAGGUUUUAACCAAUGCAUUGGAGAGAGUUGUUCCAUGGCAAAGAGAGAUCAUUCCAGAUAUAGUAAACACAGUCCUCCAAUGCAGGUCUGGUAGAAUGGAAAGAAAAGGGAAACAAGAAACAUGGUUGUCUUUCUUUGGUGCUGACAACCAUGCAAAAGAAAAGAUAGCAAGAGAAUUGGCCAAAGUUGUGUUUGGAUCAAGAAACAACUUUGUGCAAAUGGGUUUGAGCAGGUUUUCAGCAACACGAGCCGAUUCCACCGAUGAUGAUCAAGAAUUUGUUAGUAACAAACGGGCUCGAGAUGAAAAUGGACAAAGUUAUCUAGAAAGAUUCACUGAAGCUAUACAAGAAGACACACACCGUGUGUUCUUCAUGGAAGAUGUUGAGCAAGUUGAUUACCAUUCCCAAAUGGGAAUCAAGAAAGCAAUCAAGAAUGGAAGUAUCACACUAAAUGGUGCUGAAACAGUUCUUCUCAAGGAUGCCAUUGUUAUUUUCAGCUGUGAAAGUUUCAGUUCGAUCUCGCGAGCUUGUUCUCCUAGUGUAUCGCCAAAGUACAGCGAAAAUGGACAAGAAACCGUUGAGGAUGAUGGGAAAGAGCCUAUGGUCAAUUUGGAUUUAAACAUUGCUACACAAGAUCAUAGGAGUUCACAUGAAGAUAAAUCAGUUUUUAACAUUGGGAUUUUGGAUUCAGUUGAUAACCAAGUUAUUUUCAAACUCCAGAUGUUGUAAUAAGUUUUGUUUUUGUAAUUAGGUGUGUAGUUUGAAAUAGGGUUUUAGAGUCUUGUGAUAGAAGUAUGAUGAGUUAAAUUAGAUUAUACUAACAACUGUAUCUUGUUUCUUAUAAUAUAUCUGGGUAAUGUUUGUGUAA